UGAAAAAAAAAGUUAAAUAUUCCCUCCCGUCCCGUACUCCGACCCGACACCAACCCUCCCUACCCCGCAACCCCGCCGUCGCCGUCGCCUCCUCAUCGGCGGCGAGGGCGCGCCGCCCCAUACCCACCCCCUCCGCCCGCCCUCGCGCGUGACCCGGAGGCCCCGCGCGUGAGAGCCCCCUCGCACCGGCCGGCGCGUCGGGGGUUGCGGCUAGGGUUUCAUGCGCCCCGCGGCCGCCGAUGACGCACAUCGGCAAGUUCGUCUCCGUUAACCUCAACCGAUCCUACGGCCAGCCCGCCCCUUCCAACCAUGGCGGUCGCCCCUCCCGCCCCGCCGCCGCCGGCUCCUCCGGCGGCCACAGCGGGGGCAUGGUGGUGCUCUCCCGCCCUCGCGGAUCCUCCCUGGCCAAGGUGCAGCCGCCCAAGCUCUCCGUGCCGCCGCCGCUGAACCUCCCUUCACUCCGCAAGGAACACGAGCGCUUCGAUGGCGUGGCUGCCUCGGCGGGCGGCGGGGUCGCCUCGGCCCCGCCUCGAUCUGGCGGGCCCGCGGCCGGGUGGACCAAGCCCGCCCCGGCCUCUGAGAAGCCUCCCGGCUCGGUGGCGCUUCCUGGCAGCGCCGCCAGGCCGCCGUCCUAUGGGUUCCUGGAGAAAGCCGUCGUGUUGCGUGGGGAGGACUUCCCUUCCUUGAAAGCAGCUGUCGCCCCGCCACCUCCGCAGCCUGUGCAGCGGCAGAAGGAUGCUGAUGGGGUGCGGGUUGCCACACCAGAAGCACGGCCAAUGCCCCUCGGGAUGCGACCUCAGGUGACACCCACGCGAGCUGCUGAGCCCCUGGCCUCUGGUGGCGGCAUCGAAGCUGGCGCUCAUCCCUCUGCUGAGAGGGCGCAAAAGCAUGAUCUGGGCCCGCUUCCGAUGGUCCGGAUUAGAUAUGAUUCUGACUGGGCUGAUGACGAGCGUGACACAGGGCUGAGCCUCCCAGAGCGGGACAGCAGGGAGAGGGGAUUUGGUAGGAGUGAGGCCUUGAUCCCAGGGCAUGACCAUUGUGGCGCAAUGAGGGAGCCCUUCAAGAAGGAGCCGUUUGGGAGAGAUGCAGUUGCGACAAAUAAAGAGGGUGGGCAGGACGGGCUGUGGCGAUCUCCUUUGUCAAGCCAACAUGAUAGAGAGCGAACAGAUAGCCGACCAUACAGUGCUGGCAGAGGAAGCAGUGAUCAGUCAUAUAGGGAGAGCAUAAUUGCUGGUGGCUCCAAGGAUUUAUGGAGUAACAGCAGGGAGCCUCCUAUGCGUACCUAUGGACAGAACGGGGUAGAACCAUAUGGAAUCGCACGAGCUGGGGAAACUGCAAGUGAACGUUACGGUGACAGUUCGAAUAAUUGGCACAAGGUGAAUUCUUUCCACAACAAUGUUGGUUCCAAGGCGCUGAUUUUUGCUGGUAAUAAAGGUCCUUCAAUUAACGAGCCAGUGGCAAAAUUUGGUAGGGAGAAGCGGCUCAGCUGUUUCCCUGCUAAACCGUUAAUAGAGGAUGCCGGUUUUGAUAGCAUUUCUGCUGUUAACUUGAGUGCAAUAAAGAAGAAAAAAGAAGCAACCAAACCAACUGAUUUUCAUGACCCAGUAAGGGAGUCAUUUGAGGCAGAGCUUGAUAGGAUCUUGAGGGUACAGGAGCAGGAGAGACAUCGAGUAAUAGAAGAACAGGCAAGGGUCAGAGAAAUUGCUAGGAAGCAGGAAGAGGAAAGGGAGAGGCUGAUAAGAGAAGAGGAGGAGCGGCAGCGGCUGGUGGAAGAACAGGCAAAGCAGGCUGCUUGGCAAGCCGAGCAAGAGAGGCUGGAAGCUUCCAAAAGAGCUGAGGAACAGAGAAUUGCCAGGGAGGAGGAAAGAAAGAGGAUUGAUAUGGAGGAGGAGCGGCGUAGGGAGGCAGCGCGUCAAAAGCUCCUAGAGUUGGAGGCAAAGAUUGCUAGAAGGCAAGCAGAAUCAAACAUUGACAGAGGAAGCGAUGGGAAAUUUUCUUCAGCUGUCAGUGAUGAAAUGGCUUCUGGAACCUUGAAGGAAAGAGAUGUGUCACAGUCUGCUAAUUUUGGUGACACAAAGGAUAUUGACAGAAUGGGUGAGCGCAUCAAUACGUCUGCACCAUUAGAGUCCUCUAGUUUCAACAGGUACAGUGACACAGUUCCAAGGGUUCACACUCUGAGGGAUGGGCACUCAUCGUUUAUUGAUAGAGAACACACAUACUAUGGUGCAAGGGCUGCAUUUCGAGAACAAGAUAAUGUGCAUCAUAGUCCACGGCGUGACCCUUUUGCUACGAGGAGAGGGAAUUUCCCUGAGAAAGAUUUUAAUGAUGGAUUUGGGAGUGUGUCCGUUACGCCAUCUUCGAGAGGCCGAACAACUGAUUCUCCAUGGGCGCUGGAGGACUACCGACAUGAAAAGGUUCCAAAGUGGGAUGCACUUAGGGAGAUUGACCGUUUUGACAAGCAAUCUGACUUUGACACCGAGCUUUUUAACAGUGACAGAUUUGGAGAUGCAGCUUGGCUACCUAGUAGUUCUCAUGGAAGCCCCAGUGCUCAACAAGGAGAUAUGAUGUUUCAGAGUUCUGAGGCUAAUGACUUUUCUGCUUUUACCAGACCCCACUACUCUAUGCGGCAGCCACAUGUUCCCCCACCCCCUGCUGUGACCUCAGUGCACCGAAACACAAUUGGUGCUUCAGCUCAACAUCCCAAUUCAUCUUUUGUGGAUGUUGGGAUGGGGGAGAGUUCCAGUAGAGAUGAUGAGCAAACUAUGUGGGGUCAGUAUGGAAGUGCAUACCAAGAGGCAUCUCACCAGCAUGGGGUACCAGCUGACCAUAUUGCUGUCAAUGAACACCAAAUUGGGGACAGAGAAAGCCCUGUAUUGGGUUCACAGUCUUCUCUUUCUGUUUCAAGCCAUCCUAGCUCACCUCCACAUGUUUCACAUGACGAGAUGGAUGUUUCUGGUGAUUCACCUGCAUUACCGACUUCUGCUGAUGGUGAACGAACUGUGAUGUCUGACAAUCAUCAUGCAGCUUUGACCUUAGAUGCAGCCACCACAAGCAGAAUGGCUGCCUCAAGAUCAGUAUCCCACAUAGAGGAUGAUGAGUGGUCGAGUGAAAACAAUGAUGACAGGCGGAAACAGGAUGAAUACGAUGAAGACGAUGAUAGCUACCAGGAAGAUGGAAUCAAUGAAGCUGAUGACGAGAAUCUUGACUUGGAUGAUGACUUCUUAGAGGAGCAGAAUACACCUGUAGAACUGGAACCAGUUAUACUUGGAUUUGAUGAAGGUGUGCAGGUUGAAAUUCCCUCAAAUGGUGUGUUUGAACUAUCUUCUAUGAAGAGCACUGAGAGGGCAAUUGGAGUACAUGUAAGCUCAGGUGUUGCAGAGCAACAGAAUGCUAGUGGUUCAGUUGUUCAUUCUGACCCUGUUACUGAAGCAGAGAAAACACUGCAGCACUUGACUCUUGAUCAUGUAAAUGCCCUGACAGAUGACAGUAAUGGAGAGCCAUCCGGCAGCUUAGUGACGUCUGCUUCAAGCUCCCAGUUACCUCAGGCAUCUUCAACAGAUCCUGUUAUGUCAUCAGCUUCAGCGGUAGUUGGCCAGAAUGAAGGACCUAUUAGCCUCCAGUUUGGUCUGUUUACUGGGCCUCCUCUAAUACCGACUCCGGUUCCAGCCAUUCAGAUUGGAUCCAUACAGAUGCCAAUCCAUCUCCACAAUCAGAUUAACCCAUCCCUGUCUCAAAUGCACCCUUCAACGACCCCUUUAUAUCAGUUUGGCCAGUUGAGGUAUGUCCGCCCUGUCUCUCAGAGUGCUCAACCGCUGCCUUCUCAGGCCAUUCUCCCUGCUCAUUCUUCUGCACCAGCUCAAUAUACAUGGAAUCAGAAUGCUCCCAGUGUUCUCCCAGAGCUAGAGAAUCGAGGCACACACCAGAAUAUCCCAAGACAGGCAGUCUCAUCCACCUUUAUCGAUAAAUCUGCAGUACCUACAGCCAAGCUUCCCCUAGGAAUGGACAGUUCAGAUUCACAGUAUCUCAUUGCAUCCGCAAGCAACCAGAUGGCUGGUGUGGAGGGAUUUCAUGGUCAGCUGGACAGACAUUCUAUUGAGGGUACAACUUCCAGUGUUUCACAAGCUGAAAUACUGAGGAACCAUGAUUUUUCUUUGAAGAGGAAUUACAAACCUACCUCCAAUAACAUAGAGUCUUCUCAAUUUGUUUCGGAGGGGAAAGUCCCGAGCGGCCCAAAGGCUCAAGGUGCUGUAUCUGGUGGAAGAGGGAAAAGGUAUGGUUAUGCUUUUAGAGAUAUUAACAUGAAAUCAACUGGUUCAGUUGUUGAACCUUCUCUUAAAGAUUACAGAGGAUUCCAGAGAAGGGGUCGUAGGAAUGUAAGAAGAACGGAGUUUAGAGUUCGGGAAAAUCUCGAGAAGAACCAAGUCCAGGCUUAUGAGUCAUUUACUCAUGGUGAACAGGACGAGAGGCCAUACACCAAUGGAACAAGAAGAGAUUUUUCAGUGAGAAAUGGAAGCAGAAGGGAAGUUGAUAUUAGUAAAUCAUCCAGGAUGAAUGAAGCAAGUAAUCAGAGUGCAGGUUCAACAUUUAGAAGUAUACCGAAGGCUGCUUAUGAAAGAUCUCAUGGUGGGAACAAGAAAUCUAGAACAGGUGCUAUCCCUGAAGGAGAUGCCACCUCGUUGCAAGCUGGCACUGUACGUGUUGUUAAGCAGCAAGGCAUUGAGGUCCCUGUUGAUGCAGAUGGCUUCAUUGAAGUAAGGUCCAAGAGACAGAUCAUGAGUGUCAGGCGAGAGAAGAGGGAGAAAGAAAAUAGAUCUAAAAUGAGGAUGGCAAAGAAUCCACGCAAACAGCACCAAGUUUCUGUACAAAGUUCGGGUGGUCCAAGUGUGAAUAAACGAACAGUUCCUUUGAGUGGAGAAGUUUCAAAUAAAGUUCAUGUGGAUUCUGCCAUCACAGUAGAAGGAAAAGUUGCUGAUUAUGUUGAACCAUCGGUUGCAUUGAAGGGUGAUAUGGCUUCUGUGAAUCCCAUAGGGCCACCUUCAACCACUGCAGAGACUACAAACUGCUAUGCCAACCAGCCUGUCCAAAGUCAGGCAUCCUCUGACAUGGUCAUUUCUGGUGCUUCUGAAAAGCUCGUGGCAGGCUUAUCUGAGGACAACAAUACAGGAACGUCCAUUAGUACUCCAUUUAACAUGGUUUCCUGGGAUAAUUCACAGAUAAACCAUCAGGUUAUGCCAUUAACUCAAACUCAACUUGAAGAAGCUAUGAGACCAGCUAAAUUUGAACAGCAAGCUGGUUCUGGCUUUUCUUUGGAGUCCAACAAUACUUUGUCCCCUACAGUAACCACAGAAAAGGUGUUCCCUUCAUCUUCUAGCCCUAUUAACUCCCUUCUGGCUGGUGAGAAGAUUCAGUUUGGGGCAGUUACCUCGCCAACAGUACUACCUCUGGUCAGCCGAACUGUCUCAAGUGGGCUUGGAGCUCCAGGUUCAUCUAGGCCUGAUAUGAAGAUUGAUCGAAGCUUACCAAGUGAUAACAGUGGUACUGAUGUUUUCUUUGAUAAGGAGAAGGCGAGUUCUAAGGAACCAUGUCCAAAUACAGAGGAUGUAGAAGCAGAGGCUGAAGCAGCCGCUUCUGCUGUGGCUGUGGCAGCUAUUAGUACUGAUGAGGGAUCUCCAGCUGAUGCAACUACAGCGUCUGCUCCAGACAACAAGAGCUUUAGCAGCAAGGAUCUCAGUGGGUUAACAUCAAGAGGUACAGUAACAGGUCAAGCUGGUCAAUCAUCCACGGAAGAGCCUCUCGCAGUUGCUCUUCCAGCAGACUUAUCAGUUGAUACUCCAUCCAUGCCCCUGUGGCCUCCUUUACCCAGUCCACAGGCAUCAGGGCCUAUGCUUUCUCAGUUUCCUGGUGCACAACCGUCCCACUUUUCUUGCUUUGAUAUGAAUACAAUGUUAGGAGGGCACAUUUUUGCAUUUGGACCAAGUGAUGAAUCUGCUGGCUCUCAGGGUCAGCAUCCUCAAAGAAGCAAUGCAUUGCCUUCGGCACCAUUGGGAGCUUGGCCACAAUGUCAUUCUGGGGUAGACUCAUUCUAUCGUCCUCCAACUGGGUUUGCUGGUCCUUUUAUUACUCCAGGAGGAAUCCCAGGUGUGCAAGGUCCUCCACAUAUGGUGGUCUAUAACCACUUCGCCCCAGUAGGGCAGUUUGGUCAAAUGGGACUUGGUUUCAUGGGAGCCACUUAUAUCCCUGGUGACAAGCAGCCUGAUUGGAAGCAAAACCAAGGACUUCCUGUUGGUGUGAGCCAGAGUGAUCCAAACAACCAAAAUAUGGUGUCUGGUCAAGUAAACUCUCCCAGUGUGCCUACUGCAGUGCAGCAUCUACGCCCAACUUCUAUCAUGCCAAUCCCGUCCCCACUGACCAUGUUUGACAUUGCUCCUUUCCAGUCAUCUACAGACAUACAGAUGCAACCUUGUUGGCCACAUAUGCCUGUACCACCUCUACACUCUGUCCCAUUAUCAGUGCCAUUACAGCAGCAUCCAGUAGAGGGUACAGCUGCACAGCAGUUUGCUCAUAAUGUGCCAGUAGGCAACAAGGAAAGUACAAAUAACCGGUUUCAGGAGCCCUCUGUUUCUGCUGUGCCAUCAGAUGGCAACAAGACCUUCCCAAAUGCAGCUGCCUCUCAGUUCAAAGAUGAGUUAGGUCUCGUUAAACAGCCAGCCUCCAGUAGUUCAAGCACUCAAACUGUUCAGCCUUCAUUUGGCCAGGCGCAUGUGACCAGCAAUGAAUUCUCAACCAGUGCCAAAGUUGUGGUUAGGACGAUACCACCAAAUGUCAACCCUGGGAUUGCUACAGGGGUGACUAGCAACCCCAACGGAGGCCAGGUCACCAACAUGCCCUCCAAGGCCGACCAAUCUUCAUCGUCAUCGGAUCAACAGCACCAACAUCCAGUUAAUAAUCAGGAUCGUCGGGCACGUAUGACUCAAAAGAUUGGUACUGGCAAUGAGUGGCAAAGGCGAUCAGGGUACCAGGGGAGGAAUCAAAAUCCCAGUUCUGACAAGAACCUGGGCGCUGGUAGGAUGAAGCAGAUAUACGUCGCGAAGUCUUCAACAAGUGGUCAUGCCCCAUCUGGCUAGAGAGCGCGCUUCAGGUGGGAAGACGAGCUUCCUUGUAUCAGAUACAUGCAAAACAUAUUUUUGAUGCGUGUCUAUCCUUGUUUAUUUGGUGAUUAUAGCUUGUGCUGGUUGUAUGUUUUUUGGUUCACUUUCUUGCAUAGAGAAGAAAUGGAGUUGGGUUGCAGUGUUAUAACAACUCAAUACCGCGUCAUGCCUGGAUAAAUUUUGCAGCCGAUCGGAUCUGCUGCCGUCCAAGUCGAUGGUGUGCUAUAAGAAUUAUUUAUUCUUACUAUUA